UAGAGGGGAGCCACGAGACCCCCCGUCAGUGGCGUGUAACUGCUGGGACGGAGAGACGGACGCCGGGAUGAACUAUAAACCAAGUCUCAUUCAGGAGGCCAACCCCAUGGAGAACCUGGAGAAGCAGCUUAUCUGUCCCAUCUGUCUGGAGAUGUUCACCAAACCGGUGGUGAUCUUGCCCUGCCAGCACAACCUGUGCCGCAAAUGCGCCAGUGACAUCUUUCAGGCGGCGAAUCCCUACCUGCCCAACCGGGGGGGCUCCCUAACCGGAGGCCGCUUCCGUUGCCCCUCCUGUCGUCACGAGGUCAUCAUGGACCGGCACGGGGUCUACGGGCUUCAACGCAAUCUCCUGGUGGAGAACAUCAUCGACAUCUACAAGCAGGAAUGCUCCAGCCGGCCCCUGCAGAAAGGCAGUCACCCCAUGUGCAAGGAGCACGAAGAUGAGAAGAUCAACAUCUACUGCGUGACCUGUGAGAUGCCCACCUGCUCUAUGUGCAAGGUGUUUGGAGCCCACAAGGACUGUGAGGUGGCCCCUCUGCAGAACGUCUUCCAGGGCCAGAAGACAGAACUGGGCAACUGCAUCUCCAUGCUGGUGGCAGGGAAUGAUCGGGUCCAGACCAUCAUUACGCAGCUAGAGGACUCCUCUAAAGUCACCCAGGAGAAUAGCCGCCAGGUGAAGGAGUUGCUUAGCCAGAAGUUUGACCUCCUCUACGCCAUCCUGGACGAGAAGAAGAGCGAGCUGCUGCAGAGGGUCACCCGGGAGCAGGAGGAGAAGAUCGGCUUCAUCGAGGCCCUGAUCCAGCAGUACCGCGAGCAGCUGGAGAAGUCCACCAAGCUGGUGGAGACCGCCAUCCAAUCCAUGGAUGAGCUGGGAGGGGCCGCCUUCCUCCUGAACGCGAAGCAACUCAUCAAGAUGAUCGUCGAGGCCUCCAAAGGUUGCCAACUGGGCAAGACGGAGCAGGGCUUUGAGAACAUGGAUUACUUCUCCUUGGACCUGGAACCUGUGGCCGACGUACUGAGGGCCAUUGACUUUGGAGUUGAUGAGGACGAGGAGGAGUUUGUGGAGGAAGAGGAAAUUCCGGAAGUGGAGGAGUAUCCAGAGGGGAAAGGGGAAGGUCCCCUUUAAUCGCUGUGCCGGAGAAGCCACCAGCACGAGAGAGAGUCCAGCCGCCCCGAGAGGGCAAGAGGCCGCGGAGGGUGGGAAAGGGGAGCUGUUAUGGGCUUCUUGGGGGGCCCAGGAGGGAGGAGGGGGAAGGUAUAGGGAGGGGAAACAGCCCCCACCCUCUGGCAGGAGCGCAGAGGGCCGGGGAGCAUCCACGGGAGGCCUGCCGAACCGGGAUCGGAAAUUCGCUUGGACAGAUGCACGCACGCACACACAGACACGCACACACACACGACACUUUCUUUUCUACACUGGGGACGAUGGGAUAUUUUGUAGAGUUUUGGGGUGUUCUUUUUUAAAUGUCAUUUUUGUACAUAAUUUGUAAACGGAUGUGGAUUUGGUGCUUUUUGUAAUAGGCCCCUUAGCGUGCCAUCCAGUGGUGGUCACUGCGGGGAGACCGGGGUUGGGGGGUGGCUCAUAUUCUAUCCCCUUGCUGUGCCAGGAGGAAGGGGAUGAGGCUGCGAGGGCUUCCUGGAGCUAGAGAAGGAAAAUGUUCAGUACUGUAUUUCGUGGACUAUUCCUGCCUCACGGGGUUAUUUAUUGAGUUUGUCGUAAGUUGUUUACUAAAUAAACUCACAGUGCAGUUGG